AUGGGUUGGAUUUUGAAUUCACUCAUAGAUCCCAUUGCUGAAGCAGUAAUGGACAAUGAAACAACUCAAGACCUAUGGAAGGAUCUGCAAGAAAGAUAUGGAGAAGCAGAUUCAGUUAGGCUAGCUCAUGUUAGAGGAAUGAUUGCUCGUUGCAAGCAGGAGAAUAGCAAUGUUACUGAAUACUAUAGCAGAUUGGGUGUGUUAUGGACAAAAUUUAUGUCAUUUAAGUCAAUCCCAGCUUGUGAAUGUGCAAAUACUCCUCAUACCAUGACAUGUGUUACCUAUGCUGCUAUCAAACAAUCACAAGAACAUGAUCACACCAUCGAUUUCAUUAUUGGUUUGAAUGACACUUUUGAAAUGAACAAGAAUCAGUUGUUGAUGAUGGAUCCUGCUCCAAACCUCAAGGUUGCAUACAAGUAUGCACUAAAGCUGGAAAGGAAAAUGGCCAAGCAACUAGUCAAAGAAGCUGCUGGAGUGGAUUCAGUAGCAUUGGCAGCAUUGAAUUAA